UGCAAAAAGAGUAUGUAGAGGAACCAGAUUACCGUGUCAAGCAGCGUUGCUUGAAUGGUCAUGCUCCUUUGCCGGAAGGUAUUUGUACAAACUGUCAACCGAGUGCAGUGAUAUUACAACAAGUAAGAGAACAAUCAACAUUAACUGCAUUCCUCUUAUUGAGAUGA